AUGCAAGCGCAGCGAAUCGCCCGGCCAGGAAAUGAAGCCAGACGGGCGAAACCGGAUGAGACAGCACUCGUUGGGACCCAGGAAGCUACCCACGAAGAUACAGGUAAGCAGAAUGGCGCCAGGAGAACCGGAAGUGACGAUCUCUCUACCCACAAUUCGCCAGACCCAACAG